CAGAGUUCCAAGUUUGCUUUGAUAAAUGAUCAUGUUCGUAAUUAUUCAAUCAGCAUCAAGUUCUUUCCAAUAUCCUCGGCACCAUGGAAGUGAGAAGAAUAAAUGGGGAAAAAGAAAGUAAAUUUUGUAGUCGGAACGGGAAAAUGUUGUGUUACAGUUAUCUCUUUUGUAACUGAUUCAGAAAAUGACGAAGAACUUUUCGAGUGAAAAUGUAACAAGCACAUAUUCUAGUUCCUCCGAUUUUAUAUGUCCUACGUCAAUUUUUUCAAAUCAACUCAAACAUUCGACUCUGCAAUUCAAUUUUUGCAACAGUGUCACCUAACUAAGAAUGUCGCAGCCAUCAAGAAGCUUCAUGGUUAUCUGCUCACAAGGGGCAUGCUCUUUGUUUCGCAUGACUUCCACUCGGAAUUCAUAGCCGCUUAUACCAAAUGCUUUCCCAGGAACAAGCUUCAAACCUUGAUUAAUCUCUUCAAUUGCAUCAACUCCACAACUCCACUGUACUUCAAUGUAAUAAUAUCUGAUUUCUGUCAAAAAGGUUUCCCUUCUCUUGCUCUCGGAACUUUCUCCUUCAUGCACACAAAUGGAGUCCCGUUCGAUUCGUAUACUCUGUGUAGUUCUUUGAAUGCCUCGUCUAGAACUAAAGAUAUUACAUUUGGAAAGCAGAUUCAUGCCACUGGGGGAAAAUCAGGUUGGUUAUCUAGUGUUUUUGUGGGUUCUGCUCUCGUUGAUUUGUACUCAAAAUUCUCAAACGUGAAAGAUGCCGCCCUUAUGUUCGACGAAAUUCCCCAGAAGAAUACUGUCUGUGUCAAUGCACUUUUGGCUGGUUAUGGUGAGGCUGGACUCUGGGUCCAAGAACUUGAACUGAUUAGGAAAAUGCCCAUGUUGAAGUUGAAAUGUGAUCGCUAUACAUUAUCAGCCGCUUUACGUGCAUGCACUGGAUUAUCUGCAAUUGAAACAGGUAGACAAGUGCACAGCUUUUUGCUUCGUGCUUUGCAUAACAUAGAAAGUGACGUGUUUCUCCUGAGUGCUUUAGUUGAGAUGUAUGGUAAGUGUGGUCUGAUAAAGAAGGCUUGGCAGGUCUUCAAGUUGGCUGGAAUGCAAGUUAGAGGAGGAAAAUAUAGGGACAUUGUAUUAUGGACUUCAAUGCUUGGGGUGUACGGAAGACAUGGCCUUUACAAGGAAGUAUUUGCUUUGUACAAUGAAAUGUUAGCAGAAGGAAUCAGACCUGAUAGGGUAGCGUUUCUGACAGUAAUCUCAGCUUGUAGUCGCAGUGGCCAAUUACAAGAUGGAAUCAAGUAUUUUGAAUCCAUGUCUAAUGACUUUGGAUUAGAUCCUGGUCCAGAGCAUUAUAGCUGCCUAGUUGAUUUGCUUUGCAGGGCUGGUGAAUUGCAGAAGGCAUGUGAACUACUGAAUGAGAAACACUAUAAGGGAAUAGGAAACUCUAGCAUCUCCGUGUGGGGAGCACUGCUUAAUGCUUGUGUGGAUCGUGGGAAUAUUGAAAUGGGCAAAUUGGCAGCUCAAAAAGCUCUUGAGUUGGAUCCCCAGAAUGUUGGGAUUUGCGUUAUGCUAUCAAACCUAUAUGCCCGAUUUGGCAUGUGGGAUGAGAUUGGGAAGUUGAGGAGGGUGUUGAUUAAAGAAAGAGGGUUAAAAAAAGAUGUUGGCUGCAGUUGGGUUCAGGUGACAUGUUGACUGCUAAAAUGCUUGGAAAUGCUUAAAGUAAUGUUCUUGUUCCUAUCUGAGCAUGAUAGGCCUCUGUUCCAAAUUCUGAAGUUUCUUCUGAUAAGAUGUAGUACUGAAUAUUGUUACGUUGGUCUCUGUAUCAAGAGAAGGUGGCACAACAAUAGAAGAGAUUAAUUACAUAACGUCGAUUGAUUUGCCUGACAUAUUUUGCCUCAGAUACAUCAAAACAAUGUGAACUCUGUGCUUUAUACUGGUCUUAGAUGCUCAGAAACGCUAUGAACUGUUAACUUACAUAUCUCACCAGCAUUAAGGACAUGAAUAGGGCGAUUAUCUAGUCUCCAGUUGCUAAUUUUUAUCAGAAUAUAAUUGGAAAUAACAACGUUACUGCCGUGCCAAUCUCUGACAAUCAAUUAAGGGAACCAGGAGACAUGCACUUGCCCUAAAGAUUUAGUCGGACUGAAGAAUUUGUCUUGUUUUAUUCGAUAGCUAUCAUGUGUAAUUCCAGCUCUUUCACUGUAACUGUGAGAUAUUAUUAUGUAAUACUGAAGUUUUUCAUGAUUUAUCUUACCCUCCGAUCUCCUAAUUCAGAAAAACUUAUAUUCCGUUCUCCAAAUCCUGGACCAUUCUCAUUGAGCUAGAUGAUGAGUUCAUUCUUGAUAAGCUAUCAAUUCCUUUAGUGUUCAAGUGAGCUACACAAUUUGUUGGUCAAUGGAUCUCCUAAAUCUCGCUGUUGGAAGUACCAGAGUUUCUUGGAGGAUAUCUUUCGUAUGGCUGAAUAUUUUAGAUAAUCUCUCCUUUUCUCUGACUAAGCGGAUGGAUUCUGCUGUUUCAAGGGAGAUGGAACCGAGCGGUUGGGUUCUGGGACCAUCAACUCCUCUAGCUUGUUUAAUGCGCAAGGACACAGUGCAUAGGAGUGACUCUCGGUUGUUUCUGUUCUGGAUCUCUAGGGGAUAGGAAUGGCAUUGGCUAAGUUGAUUGCUUUGUAUUUCUUUUUUUUUGGCGUACCCUUCAUUUGAUUCUUCGGGCUAGACCUUAUAAGUAUCUCUUUUCCUAUCCUUAAUAUUAA